CGGCAUUCCCAGUCCACUUAGAGAACAGCUCAGUCAAGCUCUAGCUCUUCUCCCACAAACUUCUACACCAUAGGCUUCCACCACACACCAGCGCAAAGCCAUCACCACCACCACCAAUAUACCUCCCUUCGAAAACGCAGACGACACAUCAAAAUGGCCUCGCGUUCAGCAUUCACGAAAUUCGCGCCUGCGCUGCGACAAGCACGCCCAGGCGCCUCGCCCUUCAAACGCAACAGCCCAAUCCUCUCAGCCCUUCAAACCCAACAAAGACCACCAACUCCCCUGCAACCCACAAUCGCCGCGCGCUUCGCCCACACAGUCCCGAAGCCCAGAGCAGCGCGCGAGGCCGAGGCGAAGACGCCCGCCCAGAUGCGCAUGGAGACCUCGCCGCACUACCAGCUCGACUUCACCUGCGUGCCGUGCGACACCCGCUCCCGGCACAAGGUCUCCAAGCAGGGCUACCACCACGGCUCCGUCCUCAUCACCUGCCCCUCGUGCCGCAACCGCCACAUCAUCAGCGACCACCUGGGCAUCUUUGGCGAUCGCAAGGUCACCGUCGAGGACCUGAUGCGCGAGAAGGGCAGGCUCGUCAAGAGGGGCACGCUGGGCGAGGAUGGCGAUAUCGAGUUUUACCCCGACGAGAGCGCUGCUGCUGCUGAUGGUGCCGAUGCUGAUGCUCAAGCUGCGGAGUCCAAGAAGGAUGGAUCUGCUUGAUGGCUUUGGGAAACGACUGUAAAAUCUGUACAAUAUGUAUGGCAGACUCGAUGAGGGCAGUCGAGGCCUCGUUCUGCCAAUGGAUUGGAUGACUGCAUAUAAAGGCGUUCCGGAUACCCAUCGACACUCAUGGGAACACAAAAAAGGCGGGACACAAUGUAACAACAGAAUAGAUCUCACAC